AACUAUUGACUUGGAGAUUAUUUGCCAUUGGUACCAAUUAACUAUAGUUGCUACCUUUAUGCUGUUAUUUCUCAUGUUUGAUGCUAAGUAGAAUCUAAGUAUGUCAAAGCUGUUCAUUUGAAGAGUUAUAAAGGUGAUUAAUUCAAAUAUAUGCUAAUAUUUUCGGGAAGAAAUUUAUAUCUUGGACAAUUGAGUGGCGAUUUCACACCACAAAUGUUAUUUUACUUGACCAUGUACUGUCUCUUGAUGGUAUUUUUAUCCUGUUUGGAACAAUCUCUUGGUAUUUAUAAUGAACGUAGCUAAUAUGCAAAAAGGACUGAGGUGUAAUUGUUACUGCAGAGUUCAUGAAGAUACAUACCUUUGCUCUGUAAUUGAGAAAUAUCUAAAACCUGGACCAUGGAACCAUCAAUUAAGCCAAUUCUGUGAGGAGCAUCUGGACUCUCAAGUUUUUUAUCCUUAAAUAUCCAAAGGGACCCAAGUCACCUUUUUGCGAGUUGGACAUCAAGGCUCCAUUAAGGCAACAAUUAGCCAACGUAGUUAUUUUGGAAUAUUCUGUUAUUCAUGUUUUUCUCCCUUCACACAGUUACAAUUUUGAAGUUGUGAAAGGUGCGGAUCCUGUCGCUCAUAGGCCAGAAUCUAAUAAUUAUGUUCACAAAGAUUACCCAAGCCCAAAAGUUGUUGCCUUCGGGGAGGCAGAAGUAGAAGAAAAUAAUAGCUCUUAAAAUCCUUAGGUUUAUGAUUUUAUGAAGAAUGUAAUUUUAAGUCCACUAUGUGAAAGCCCUCAUCGUAACGUUUCUGAGAAAUCAUUAGAUGGGCAGUCUGAUGACUUUUCAUUGGUGAGAGAGGCAGCAGACAAUAAUUCACAUUACAACUCCCAGAUCAUGGAACCUGGAAAUUUUGAAGAUAUGGACUUGAUUUUGAUCAAGGGUUGAUAGAUGCAUACUCAGAUCUGAUUGGAAAAGUCAAUCCUGAUGACUUUCUUGAUUUGGAAGGUGAAUUUCCCAAGGGAGAGAAGUUUGGAGAAAGGAUAGAGUUUUCUAAUUCUAGGGGAAUUUCAUUAUUGCAGGAGAAAUUAAAAGAGGGUGAAAUUGUGGAGUAAUUGAUGUGCUGGACUUUGAUGGGUGGACUUCAAAGGAGCUGCUCCUGGAAAUUAUUUUUGCCAUUGCAGUCUGACUCUUCACAGAUUCAGUUUUUCAGUGCCCUUGACUCUAGUAGUGGCUAUGAACCAUAGUCCUUUGACUUUAUGGAAAACACUUUUCUUAAGCAACAGAAAAGAAAGCUUGACGCUGAAAAGCUACUAACCAUGAAAGUUAAAGGAUUUCUUUCCCUAUUCCUCAUUAUUCUAAUGGUCUCAGCGGUUCACAGUGAAGAGGAUUUGGGUCCUGUUUACCGGAGUAGUUUUCCGGCAGGUUUUAUAUUUGGGACUGCAUCAUCUGCUUACCAGUAUGAAGGUGCAGCAAAUGAAGAUGGCAGAGGACCAAGCAUAUGGGAUACCUUCACUCAAAAAUACCCGGAUAAGAUAAAGGAUCGCAGUAAUGGAAACAUUGCCAUUGAUUCAUACCAUAGAUACAAGGAUGAUGUGGGUAUAAUGAAGAGCUUAGGUUUUGAUGCUUACAGAUUUUCCAUUUCAUGGUCUAGACUGUUACCUCGUGGCCAUCUCAGCGGAGGAGUAAAUCCAAAAGCCAUUAAUUACUACAGCAGGCUCAUCAAUGAACUCUUAGCGAAUGGAAUCCAACCUUUUGUGACUUUAUUCCACUGGGACCUUCCUCAAGUUCUUGAAGAUGAAUAUGGUGGUCUUUUAAGCUCCAAAAUUGUGGAUGAUUUUCGUGAUUAUGCUGAGUUGUGCUUUAGCAACUUUGGUGAUAGAGUAAAGCACUGGAUCACUUUGAAUGAGCCAUUAACUGUUGUUGUUGAUGGGUAUGCGACUGGUAUAAAGGCACCUGGGAGAUGUUCAGAAUGGCUCCCUUUCAACUGCACUGGUGGUGAUUCAAGUACUGAGCCAUAUAUAGCAGCACACAAUCAACUUCUUGCUCAUGCAGCUGCAGUUAAAGUUUACAGGGACAAGUACCAGAUGUCUCAAAGGGGUCAAAUUGGAAUUACAAUAAACUGUGCUUGGGUUUUACCCAUGGCUGAUUCAAGUAUAGACUUUAGUGCAGCAGCUCGAGCCAUUUCUUUCCAAUAUGAUUGGUUUAUGGAACCAUUAAAUUCUGGUUCGUAUCCAGCUGAUAUGGUUGCUUAUGUGGGAAAACGAUUACCUCAGUUUUCUGAGGAGGAAUCCUUAAUGGUUAAAGGUUCAUUUGAUUUCAUAGGGCUAAACUAUUAUACAGCAAAAUAUGCAGCUGAUGUUCCUUGCCAAACUGAAAACUUGAGCUACACCACCGAUUUUUGUGCUCUGUGUGCACCUGAUCGAAAUGGGAUUCCCAUUGGUCCAAAGUCAGGAUCAGAUUGGCUUUAUGUUUAUCCAAGAGGAAUUCAAGAUGUUUUGCUCUACACCAAGAACAAGUUUAAUGAUCCAGUCAUCUAUAUAACUGAGAAUGGAGUUAGUGAUAUUGAUACUGAUACGGUAGGGCUUGAGGAUAACUCAAGAGUAGAUUACUUCAAUGAUCAUCUCUCAUUCAUCCAGAAAGCAAUCAUGAAAGGUGUGAAGGUAAAGGGAUACUUUGGAUGGUCACUUCUAGACAAUUUCGAAUGGGAUGAUGGUUAUGAAGUUCGUUUUGGAAUGGUCUAUGUAGACUACAAGGAUGGAUUGAAAAGGUAUCUGAAAAAAUCAGCCAUGUGGUUCAAGGAAUUUCUUCAUUCUGGGAACCACACCCAAUUCAAGAGAAGAGAUGUAGCAGUAUCUUAGAUUGAAUUAGAAAGAGCAAAUUAAGAGAUUUUCCUUAUAUGUAUAUAUAUAUAUAGUUUCGAAGUUUACUUACAGGAAAUAAAAUAUAAGAAAGUAUAAACUGCA